UAAAAUUGAAUUUGAAUCUUCAUAUACAUCAAUUGGUUAUAUUGAUUCUGAAGGUCAAUUAUCUAAAGGAACAUAUCCUGGUAUUUUGUUGUCUAGUCUAACUAUGAAAGCAAACAAUGAAAUCAAUUUUUCAAUUGAUUCUGAUAAGUUUUUAGAGGAUGAAUUUUUAUGCAGUGUAAGUGAUAUUGAAAAAAGUAUACCAUCGCCAUCAUCAAAUAGAGUUAAAAUUACUAAAAAAAUCGAAACUGUUGACUUGAUUCCACAGUUUGGCAAUAAAUCUGACAAACAAAAUUAUACAUUCAAAUUUAUGGAUUGUCUAAAAUUCCAAUGUUCAUUUAAUUUAAUUGAUAAACAAUUAUUGACAAUUAAUUUUAAUUUAAAUGGUGAAGCAUUUUAUACGUAUGAUACUAAAAAUAAAACAGGUAAGCAAACAUUAGAUAAAUAUCAUUCAAAAAAUAGUAUUCAACUAUUGGAAAAACCUGAACAAUUAAUUAACGAUAAAUUGGAAAUUGUUUUAAACAAUUCAACCGAAUCGGCUAAAGUGUCUCCAAAAUUUAAUAAUCAGAUCCCGUCAGAUACCGAAAGCUAAUUGUCGGCUAUAAGCGAGUUAGUGAUGGUCUGUAUGUGUCCAGCGGUUACUCACUCAGUGUAUUUUGAUGGCAACGAUCGGAGCUCCGGGAGGGACAGCCUUCAGGACAUAAUCAUCAGUUCAACUCAGACAUACAUUCACUGAUCAAACGGCAGUGUCUGGCCAUCAAUGACUGUCCAACACGAUGACGAUGAUGUCUAUGUGUGUGUGUGUGUGUGUUUGUGGGGCACCGGUAUCACCAAAAAUUUAUAUUACACUAGGAAUG